AUGAGAAAGACCUUGAAGUUGUUUUAUAUCUCUGGGUUCCUCUUUUCUUCUAGGGCAUUAUGUAAGUUGGAGAAUUUUAUAAAAAAUGAAUAUGAUAAGGAAAAUUCUGUUUAUAUAAUGAAUAAUAAAGUAGAAAAGGAUUAUGGAAGUGGAAUGAAUAAUAAUAAUAUAAAUAUUGAUAAGUUGCCAAAUGGGAGUUUGGAAAUACUUAAAGUAAAAAAAGAAGCUUUAUUAGGUGAUAAAAAAAAUAUAGAUAAUAAAGAUAUAAAAGAACAACUUCCAGAGAAUAAUAAAAAUUUUGAAGAAAAAAUAUUACAUAAAGAUAUAUGUAAAUUAAAUAAAGAAAACAUCGAAAAAGAAGGGUUAUAUAAACCCAAUACGUUUAAGAAUAUAGAAAAUGAUUUAUUAUAUAAAAAGGGGAAGUUAAAUUUUUUAUAUGAUUAUGGUAUGGAAUUACUUCAUAUUAAUAAGGCACCUAUGAAUAGAAUGAAUAAUUCUAGAGGUUUAGGAGAUGGUGAUAUGUCGUUUUUAGAUAUAUCAAAUAAUAAUAUGAAUAUUUCGAAUAGUUUGGAUAGUUUGAAUUCACUUUCUUUUGUGGAUAUGAAAUCUAUCCAUAGAUGUAUAAAAAAGAGAGCUAAGGGAGAACGAGAUUGGGUGUGUAAUAAUAAAAAUACAAAGGAACCAAAUAUAUGUGUUUCUGAUAGAAAAGUACAAUUAUGUACAGGUAAUUUAAUUGAACUUCCUAUUAGUGAUUCUACUAAAGAGAAAUUUAAAGAGAAACUGAUUUUGGCAGCACAAAAAGAAGGGAGUUUAUUAUUUGAAAAGUUUGGUAAAAAAUAUAAUGAAGAAUUUUGUCUUAAUUUAAAAUGGAGUUAUGGUGAUUAUGGAGAUAUUAUAAAAGGUACUGACAUGGAAGGACUUGGUAGAUCAAUUAAGGUAGAAUUUGAAAUAGAUAGAAUAUUUAAAAGGGAUAAUGAGAAAUCUGCGGAAAAUAGGAAAAAAUGGUGGGAAGAAAUUAGUAGUCAUAUAUGGAAUGCUAUGAUAAAAGAACAUAAAGAGAAUUUACCCAAGGAUAUAAAAGCGUGUUCAUCAGAUAAACCUUCAGAUGAAUUACAAAUUAAUAGAUGGUUAAUGGAAUGGGCUUAUGAUACAGAUUAUAAUAAAAAUAUAUGGUAUAAUAAAUUGGAUGAUUCUAAAAAUAAAUGUAAUAGAAUUUGUCCAAAAGAAGAACUUUGUAAAUCUGAAUGUAAAAAAUAUAAAACAUGGAUUGAUAAGAAAAAUAAUGAUUUCACAAUAUUAUCAGAAAUUUAUUUAAAAUAUAAUAAAAAGACUUCAUUAUAUAAAACUGCUUUUGAAUAUUUAAAACAUAAAUGGGAUAAAUAUAAGGAGUUGAAUUUUAGUAGUAUAUUUGAUCAGUUGAAUGCUAAAUAUUAUAAUAAAUGUAUAUGUCAAAAUAAUAAGAUGGAGAAUAAGGCAUUAUAUGUAAAAAUUGAAAAUAUAUGUAAAAACACGGAACUUAAAUCUAUAUAUGGAGAAUUAUACUGUAAAGAAAAAGGAAAUAAUAAAAUAUGGCAAUGUAUAAAUGAAAAUAUAAAAGAUUUCCCGGAUGUAUGUAGUCCACCAAGAAGACAACACUUAUGUUUAGGUAAUUUAGAUAAGGAUCAGUUUCAAAAUGUGAAGGAAUUAGAUAAAUUUUUGAAUGAAAUUAUUUUAGGUAUUAGAAAUGAAGGGAAGUUUUUAAUAGAAAAGUAUAGAAGAAAUAUGCAUGAGAAUAAGUAUCUUGAUGAAAGUGCAUGCACAUAUUUAAAUUACAGUUUUGAUGAUUAUAAAAACAUUAUACUUGGUAAAGAUAUGUGGAAAGAUGCCAAUUCAAUGAAAACAGAAAAUAUUUUGAAAGGAAAUUUUGAAGGAAUAAAAGCAAAUAUUGUACGUAUGUAUCCAGGUUAUGCUGAUUUGUCUCUUGAUGAAUUUCGUAAACAAUGGUGGGAUCAAAAUAAAAAUCAAUUAUGGGAAGCUAUAUCAUGUGAAUUUUAUAAUGGUCAUCACACAGGAGUAUGUUUGAUGGAAGAUGAUGAUGAUAAUCAAUACCUACAUUGGUUUAGAGAAUGGAAAAAUGAUUUUUGUAUUGAACAAAAUAGAUGGAAUAAUGUAUUAAAGGAAUCUUGUAUAGACAGAAAAGUUCAACCUUCUUCAGGUGAAUCUGAAAAUACACAUGAUGUAGAUACUGUAUGUAGCAGGUCUUGUACGGAUUAUGAUGAUUGGAUAAUUAAUAAGAGAAAGGAAUAUAAAAUGCAAUCAAGUAAAUAUAAAAGAGAUAGAUCAUUAUUUAACAAUGUUAUACAAAAUUUGAAACCUUGGGAAUAUUUAUCUAUGAAAUGUACUGAAUGUACUUGUAAUCUGGAUACUCAAACGUUUGUAUAUCCACAUAAGGGUUAUGAAGAUAUAUGCAAAAGUAUUGUUAAACCAUAUGAUCCUGAAGAUAUAAAGGAUGAAGAAUUCAAUGAACCAUAUUUGAAUGUAAAUUCUAUUAGUGUGACUUCCCAAGAUGUAACACAGAGAGCGUCAUCUGUUGAAGAUGUUUUAUCUAUAAGAGAAAAUGUACAUUUAAAACCUUUUAAACCGAAAGGUGACAGACAAAGUAGUCAUGUAGAUCAAGUAGGGAAUACACGUCAGAGUGAGAGUGAAAGUAAACCAAGCGGUACAAAUGGUAGAAAAAAUCCAAGCACUCAAAGUAGUACAUAUAAUGAUGAUGUGAUUACAUCUUCAUCAAGUUUAGGUAGUAGUUCUGGAAGCGAUGUUUCAUCGUCUGGUGUUGAUGUAGAUGAACAAGAACAUAAGGCUAAAGAAUUAUUACCUCCUCAAACAGUAAUUGAUGGAGUUACUCAAUCAGCUGAAUCUACAUUAAGUCAACAUGGAAAGGAAUCUAGCCAAGAACAACAUAACUUAGAUGGAAGCUCUUUAUACAGGCAUAGUACCCAAGAUGCAGGGGGUAGUAGUACAACAUAUGAUGUGGCACAUGGAACGAAUUCCCUUUUUGGAAGUCAAAUACAAGACCAAGCAAUCCUAUCAGGAGAAAGUAAACCCGUGACUACCUCUCCUUCAGAACAUGAAAGAAGCAAGAUGGAUACACAUGCUGUUGGAAAAAAUAUGGAACAAGUGAGAAAUGCGUCUGUUGAUAGUUCUUCUGAAAUGUCGAAUGGAGAUAGAAGCGGUUUAAAAAAUAAAGAAAUGGAGGGUAAGGAAGUUACUAGAAUAAAAUCUAAAAAUGAUAUAAAUUUGGAUGAUUCUACAGUACACAGUAGACAAUAUACAAAUAAAAAUUCAGGAGAUGGUACAACAGGUAAAGACCAUAUGAAUGUAUUACAAGGUAUGGAUGAACAUUUAGAAAAUCCAUCUAUAUCAGAAAGAGGAGGUAGUGUCUUAGAAAGUGAAUUUAAUAAAUUAAAUAGUACAUCCUAUAGGCGUGAUAAUAAUAGGAUAGAAACAACAGGUGAGAACAAUAUAGACGGUUUAAGUAAUAGCUAUGUGCAUGAUGGGCGUGAUUCCCAAAGGCAUAGAAUGAAUAUAAAUAAUAGAUCUAGACAUGGAUCGCUUGAAAGUGAUAUUGUUGUAAGAGGAGAUGAUAUAAGUAAUAUAGAAGGAGAAGAAGAAGAAGAAGAAGAAGAAGGUGCUAAUACAUUAAAUAAUCCAAGAAAUGUUUUAAAUAAUAUGAAUAGUCGAACUUAUAAUAUAGAAGAAUAUAUUUAUAGAGAUGUUAAUAAAGUAGCUGAUGAUAUCAUGAGAUCUUAUAGAAGCAAUAGAUGUACUAAUGAUUUGUCCUCAAAUUAUUGUAGUAAAUUGAAAAAAGAAAGUUUAUCUAAUGUUUGUACUGAUGAAGAUAGUAAAAACUUAUGUUGUUCCAUAUCAGAUUAUUGUAUGAAAUUCUUUAAUUUUAAUUCAAGUGGAUAUCAUAGUUGUAUGAGAAAAGAAAUUUCGAAUCCUGCAUAUAAAUGUUUUGCAGGGAAAAGUUUUUCAAAUAUGUAUUACUUUGCUGGUGGAGGAUUAUUUUUUAUAAUAUUAUUUCUCCUGGGAGCAAAAAGUUCUAUAUUAAAUUGGUCAGAAGACAAUGGCUUAAAUGGUACAGCCUUUGAAGAAGCUAAUUUUGAAGACACCGCUUUCGAAGUUACAACGGGCCAAGAUUCAGCUUUUGAGGAUUACGGUGAAAAUGCAUAUAAGAUAGGAUUAUUAAUGAACCAAAAAAUUCAGUCAGAUAAAGUUUCAGAUUAUUUAGAAUACCAUAUGGAUAAUUAA